AUGGCGUCUAAAAGGUCAAAAAAUGCAAAAAACUCAAAAAAAAGAAAGCAAGCAUUUGAUAUUCCUGAAGGACAAAGAAGAAAACAAGCACUUGACGUUCCUGAAGGACAGAAUGAAAGCCAACAAAAUAUAUUUGCACAAAUGUUAUCAGUAGAAUCUUCAGAAAUUCCUAAAGAUCAGCGUACAGAUCGUGAAAAAUCACCUACUGGUCCUUUCGUACUCGUUACUCCAUUUGAUGUAGAUCGUGAAAGAUCUUUAGUUAAAUCUGUUUAUUUUACUCCAGCAAAUCGUGAGAAAUCCUCAACAAAUCGCGAGAAUUCUUUAGUCAGGACUGCACAUACUGAAACUUCCAUUUCAACUACAUUGACGCCAUCUGUAACUCCUAUGAGUUAUGAAAGAACUUCGAGAAUGCCAACUCCCAUACUUAGUCCAAUGCAAAUUGACCUUGAUAAAGAAAUUGAUUAUUAUAACGUCGAUGACGAUGAUAACGAAGAACAAAAUGAUAACCGCGAUAAAAGUGAUACCUGUGAGCCUUUACCAAAACCACAUAAUGUAGAGGGUGAACGUUACCUAACUGUGAAAGAGUUUAAUUAUGCCAUGAAUACAUUAGAUGGAAAGCGCGUUUAUAAAAAUGUAGCUAAAGAAUUUAUUCCAACGUCUUUAUAUCUUUCGGAUAUAGAGUACCGAAAGGCUUUAGAAACAUAUUUAUCUAAACAUGCAGAACAUUACAUUAAAAAUAUUGGGCAAAAUGCGUGGAUUUCUUUAUUUUCAGAUAAGUUGUUGGCAGAGAUAAAAACUAAAUGCAGAAGCAGGAGAAAUGAUUUUGCCGCAAGUAUCAGGAGUGCCAUGUUUUCCGUCUUUGGAGAACAGCGAUUGGAACGCAUAGAUAACAAUUCUUCUUCUAUGAAGAUCGCUGAAUGGAAACAGAAUCAAAAAACGCGUAAUGCGUUUUAUGAACUUUUCAAAAAUCACGAUAUUCUAACAAAAAUUGGCCAUUUGGUUUUCAAACAGUAUAGGGAUAAAGAACUUCAUUUUACGCAUUGUGCGUAUAUUUUAUCAAUAUGUGACAUCUUGUUAAAUCCCAAUAACUAUAGUAUUAAGUGUAAUAACAAGUCUGUUACGAAAAGAGUCGAAUUUUUUCUACAAGCGUUUAGAAAUAAAAUGCAAAUAACUCUUCAAAUAAUGGAGGAAUUAGCUGAAAAAGAAGUGAAAGAAGUUAGUCAAAAAACCGAUCAAUACGAGUCAGCAGUCGCAGAAGAGAGCAGCGAUUCGGUUGAAAAUGAAAAUUAUGAUGAUUUUAUUAAUAAUCUAGAUUCGCAAUUUCCUCAGGAUUAA